AAGUGACUCUAAGGCGCCCCGACGCCGCUCGGAAGCCAAUCAAAGAGCGUGACGUCAGUUUGGCGCGGAGUUUGGCGGCCGGGGCUUCUUACAGUGGCGGGAGUUGGAGGCGAUAACGAGUCGUGUUUUGAGAGGCGAAAGCUGCGAUUUCUGCUGGACUUAGAGGCAUUUCUGCGACUUUUCUUUCAGCUGAGACUUUUCCUCCGGCCCUGAUGCUCUUCAAUUCGGUGCUCCGCCAACCCCAGCUUGGCGUCCUGAGAAAUGGAUGGUCUUCACAAUACCCUCUACAAUCCCUUCUGGCUGGUUAUCAGUGCAGUGGUAAUGAUGAACACACUUCUUAUGGAGAAACAGGAGUCCCAGUUCCUCCUUUUGGAUGUACCUUCUCUUCUGCUCCCAAUAUGGAACACAUCCUAGCAGUUGCCAAUGAAGAAGGCUUUGUUCGAUUGUAUAACACUGAAUCACAAACUUUCAGAAAGAAGUGCUUCAAAGAAUGGAUGGCUCACUGGAAUGCUGUCUUUGACCUGGCCUGGGUCCCUGGUGAACUUAAACUUGUUACGGCAGCAGGUGAUCAGACAGCCAAAUUUUGGGACGUAAAAGCUGGUGAGCUGAUUGGAACGUGCAAAGGUCAUCAGUGCAGUCUCAAGUCAGUUGCCUUUUCUAAGUUUGAGAAAGCUGUAUUCUGUACAGGUGGAAGAGAUGGCAACAUUAUGGUCUGGGAUACCAGGUGCAACAAAAAAGAUGGAUUUUAUAGGCAAGUGAAUCAAAUCAGUGGAGCUCACAAUACCUCAGACAAGCAAACCCCUUCAAAACCCAAGAAGAAACAGAAUUCAAAGGGACUUGCUCCUUCUGUGGAUUUCCAGCAAAGUGUUACUGUGGUCCUCUUUCAAGAUGAGAAUACGUUAGUCUCAGCAGGAGCGGUGGAUGGGAUAAUCAAAGUAUGGGAUUUACGUAAGAAUUAUACUGCUUAUCGACAAGAACCCGUAGCAUCCAAGUCUUUCCUGUACCCAGGUAGCAGCACUCGAAAACUUGGAUAUUCAAGUCUGAUUUUGGAUUCCACUGGCUCUACUUUGUUUGCUAAUUGCACAGAUGAUAACAUCUACAUGUUCAAUAUGACUGGCUUGAAGACUUCUCCAGUGGCUAUCUUCAAUGGACACCAGAACUCUACCUUUUAUGUAAAAUCCAGCCUUAGUCCAGAUGACCAGUUUUUAGUCAGUGGUUCAAGUGAUGAAGCCGCUUACAUAUGGAAGGUCUCCACUCCCUGGCAACCUCCUACUGUGCUCCUGGGUCAUUCUCAAGAGGUCACGUCUGUGUGCUGGUGUCCGUCUGACUUCACAAAGAUUGCUACCUGUUCUGAUGACAAUACACUAAAAAUUUGGCGCUUGAAUAGAGGCUUAGAGGAGAAACCAGGAGGAGAUAAACUUUCCACAGUGGGUUGGGCCUCUCAGAAGAAAAAAGAGUCAAGAACUGGCCUAGUGACAGUAACAAGUAGCCAGAGUACUCCUGCCAAAGCCCCCAGGGUGAAGUGCAAUCCAUCCAUUUCUUCCCCAUCAUCCGCAGCUUGUGCUCCAAGCUGUGCUGGAGACCUCCCUCUUCCUUCAAAUACUCCUACGUUCUCUAUUAAAACCCCUCCUGCCAAGGCCCGGUCUCCCAUCAACAGAAGAGGUUCUGUCUCCUCUGUCUCUCCCAAGCCACCUUCAUCUUUCAAGAUGUCAAUUAGAAACUGGGUGACCCAAACACCCUCCUCAUCACCACCUAUCACUCCACCUGCUUCCGAGACCAAGAUCAUGUCUCCAAGAAAAGCCCUCAUUCCCGUGAGCCAGAAGUCAUCCCAAGCAGAGGCUUGCUCUGAGUCUAGAAAUAGAGUAAAGAGGAGGCUAGACUCAAGCUGUCUGGAGAGUGUGAAACAAAAGUGUGUGAAGAGUUGUAACUGUGUUACUGAGCUUGAUGGCCAAGUUGAAAAUCUUCAUCUGGAUCUGUGCUGCCUUGCUGGUAACCAGGAAGACCUUAAUAAGGACUCUCUAGGUCCUACUAAAUCAAGCAAAAUUGAAGGAGCUGGUACAAGUAUCUCAGAGCCUCCUUCUCCUGUCAGUCCGUAUGCUUCAGAAAGCUGUGGAACGCUACCUCUUCCUUUGAGACCCUGUGGAGAAGGGUCUGAAAUGGUAGGCAAAGAAAACAGUUCCCCAGAGAAUAAAAACUGGUUGUUGGCCAUGGCAGCCAAACGGAAGGCUGAGAAUCCAUCUCCACGAAGUCCAUCAUCUCAGACACCCAAUUCCAGGAGACAGAGUGGAAAGACAUCACCAAGCCCGGUCACCAUUACUCCCAGCUCCAUGAGGAAAAUCUGCACAUACUUCCAUAGAAAGUCCCAAGAGGACUUCUGUAGUCCUGAACACUCAACAGAAUUAUAGAUUCGAAUCUGAGUGAGUUACUGAGCUUUGGUCCACUAAAACAAGAUGAAAAAUACAAGAGUGACUCUAUAACUCUGGUCUUUAAGAAAGCUACCUUUUCAUUUUUAGACAAAAUAUUUUCAAUGCUGAAAUAUACCUAAUCUGGUUCUACUACCAUAAUGUAUAUGCAGCUUCCCCAGGAUAGGGGGAAUUUAAAUUUGUGUUUAAAUUUCAUAAAGUAAAUUUGUCACUUUAGCAUUUUGAAUGAAUAGUCUUCACUUUUUAAAUUAUGCAUCUUCUCUACAAUAAUGACAUCCAGCUCAUGGAGGCAAAAAACAAGUUUCUUGUUAUUCUUAAACUUUCUGUGCUCAGUGGAAAGUAUCUGCCAGCCACAGCAUGAGGCCUAUGAAGGCUGACUGCUGAAGAAAUCCUCUGCUGAAGACCCCUGGUUCUGUUCUGCCUCCAACAUGUAUAAUUUUAUUUGAAAUACAUAAUCUUUUCACUAUGCUUUUGUGGGGUUUUUUAAAGUAUGUGUAAAAAUGUGAUGUUUAGAUAAGUACAUUUAUAUAUCAGUUCAGUGUUAAAAUGCAGUUUCUUGAGUUAAAGUCAUCUUUAUUUUAAAUGCAGUGAUAAAUGUCAGCUCUUUGGAGAAA